AUGGUAGCAGUUUACCUGAUCACAUUGGUGGGUAACAGUCUAAUCCUUGUCAUGGUUAGAGUUGAUGACCAGCUUCUCACCCCUAUGUAUUUUUUCCUAAGUAACCUGUCCUUCCUCGAUAUCUGUUACUCUAGCAAUUCAGUACCUUUUUUGUUGUUCAAUGGUUUAAAAGACGACCCUACCAUUUUUUAUACUAGCUGUUAUGGUCAAAUGACAAUCACUAUUUUUCUGGGGAUGACAGAGUGUCUCCUCCUUGCUAUUAUGGUUUAUGAUAGAUUUAUUGCAAUAUCUAAUCCUCUGUGUUACACCAUCAUUAUGAACAACCAGGUCUGCAUACAGUUGGCCAUGGUGACUUGGGCCAGUGCCUUCCUUUUAGCAAUAAUACUGAUCAUUGUAAUUCCUGCCCAUUUUUGUGGAUGCAAUGUCAUCAAUCAAUUUACCUGUGAGGUCCAGGCCCUAUUGAAGCUCACUGGCUCAAACACCCCAGUCAGACUUAUUCUGGGUCUGGUCAUAGGCAUACUCACACUGCCCCUACCUUUUAUCUUCAUUCUCAUCUCCUAUACUCGCAUUGUGGUUGUCAUGCUAAGGAUCCACUCUGCAGAGGGCAGGCUCAAAGUUUUUUCCACCUAUAGGUCCCACCUGACUGUGGUCACCAUAUUUUAUGGAACAGCCAUCUACAUGUACCUGAAACCUCAAUCAAGGGAGUCCCAGGACCAGGGUAAAGUCAUCUCUGCAUUUUAUGGUGUUGUAACUUCUAUGUUGAACGCCCUCAUUUACACCUUGAGAAACAAAGAUGUGAAAGAUGUCCUAAGAAAAAUUAUUUGAAAGAAAGAAUCCUAGAAAGGACAUGAA